GUCCGCCGUUGCCUAGGCCGCGGCGGCCUCACGGGGAGGCGGGAUGGGCCGCGGGUCGCCGCUGCGGUUCUUCCCGAGGCUCCUCGCGGCCUGCCUUCUACUGCCGCUGUCCUCGUCCACGGGCGCGCCGGCGAGCCCCGCCACCUCGGAGCCCCCGACCGGCUGGGAUGAGGCCACGUCGGGGGGGCCGACAGCGGGUACCCCGCCUCACCCGACCCCUAGUCCCAGCCAGGCCCCCUCUAGUCCGGGCCCCGCCAGCAGCCCUGCGUGGACUUCCGACCCGGGCCCCGCCACCAGCGAGCCCAGUCCGACCGGCGCGGCGGGCGUGCCCGUCCCUUCGGAGCUGCCGGACCCCGGAACGACUCCCCGACCUGGUCCGUGGCCCGCGCCUGUGACCGACGUGGCCGAGUUGUGCGUCUGUGACCUCCUGGUGAACCAGUGUGAUGUAAAUUGUUGCUGUGACCCCAUAUGCACUGCUGCGGAUUUCAGCCUCUUCACUAUGUGUUCAGUUCCUGUUGUCACAGGUGACAGGCAUCUCUGCAGGCAACAAGAAGCUCUCUAUUCAAUAGAUCCAACAGCGCAUCCCCCAGAGAGGAUCUUUCAAUUAGCCGACAAGGUCAACCCCAGCAUUUUCUGUAUUCAGUCCACCAACAACAAAGCUGCCUUAUCGUUCCAAGCCCCAGAAAUACCUACUAUACACAAUUUUGAUAGGUUGCUUCAAGAAUUUGGCGACGAUACCUUUGGUAUUGAAAGCAACCUUGCACUGGUGGAUGAGUUGGACACCCGGGAGGCUACAAGUACAAACAGUACCAGCAAGUACAAGUAUAACGAUCCCAUACAGACAUCAGAUGGGUUUCUAAGGCUCCCUGCUCCUCUCUUCCUCGCCUGGUGUACCCACGGUAACCCUGCAGGGUUUCUUGUGAACCAGGCAGUGAAAUGCAACACGAUGAUCAUGGGAGAUGCAUGUACCACCCUGCCAGGCCUCAGCAUGGAGUUCUACACCAGUUCUAGUGUUUUGGCUGCACCAGAGUCAAGACUCGUGGUGAAUAUCACCAUCCAGUCCAUAAUCGUGCAGAGUCCAAAGGGGCUGCGCACACAUUUGAAGAACACUGAUGCUCUGAUUCUCCCCAUAUUGAAUGGUCAGUCGUGCACUAACGUGGUCCUGGAGGCAAGUUACCUUAUUACCUUCACAGAGGCAGGUGAAAUUGCCAGUGCAGGUGUAUCUUUGGUCCUGGGGACCAUUGACAUGAUGGCACGUUUUGUAUUGCAGUCCUUUGAGAUCCGUUUCAUUCAGCAAGAAACUCAACCUGUUCGUCUCAGCGGGAGCCCUGGUUAUGUUGUUGGCCUACCAAUAAAAGCUGGAUUUCGGACUGCUGGAUCUGGAAUUGUGCAGAGCACAAAUGAAGCUGGCCAGCUUACCCUCAUGAAGAGCACAUCUGCUCAGGAUUGCUUAGCUGUGGAAGGAGUCAGAACCCCAGUAUUGUUUGGGUACAGCAUGCUGUCUGGAUGCCAACUACGAAUUACCAAGGAUGCAGACUGCAGGCUCUUGGCCCCAGCGCUCCUGAGUGUGCUGAAGGGACAAAACUUCCCAGGCUACGUUGCCUCUUUUGGAGAUUCUCUGCCCCAGAAUGAACUGGACUGGGUGCAAAUUUCUAACAACGUCACCGAACCGAGCACCUGCGAAAUUCCCGUGUCAUUUCAAAUAGAAGUGAAAUGGACUAAAUAUGGCUCCUUAGCUAACCCCCAAGCGAAAAUCGUGAGUGUCACGGCAACGGUGAUGACAGCCGCCUUGCCCCAGGUUGACUCGGGAAGCGAACAAACAAUCCAGAUCUUCAGCUCUGCCACUUUUGUUGACGUCUCCGCGCCUGCUGAGCCGGGUUACAAAGCACGGCCAACCAUCGAAGCCAACCUGCCCUUCGACUUUUUCUUCCCAUUUGUUUAGUCGCAGUGUGAACUGCUGCUGCUUCCUUCCUUUUCUCAAAGCGAGAGGGAACCAGGUCUCAAACCACUCUUCCACUGGGAUAAAAGAACACUGCACAACGACGAGCUGAUCCCUCCAAAAUAUUGACUGGCUGCAUGUCUGAAAAGGAGUGUGUAGGAAAGGAGCCCCAGAUAAGCCAUGGCAGGGUUGGACUAGAGGAAACAACAGCAGCAACUCCCCUCCAUAAUCCUAACAGGAUUAUCCUCUCUCACCAUAACAGCGGUGAGAGAGAGGGGUCCUUCAGCAAAUGCAGCUUCCAUCAUGUGCUACAGUAGAAGUUUUGUGGAGUACAGCUCAACUCCCGUGCUGUGCCUAUCCCCAGGAAAGAGCCAUUCCGCCCCUCCUCUUGUAAUACGUGGGCAGUCACCAUCUUUGCAGGGAAUUGUAAAGGAAGGAGCCAUGAAUCAAGAUGGCUAUACUUUGCUUCCUCCUCUCCUGGGAAGCUCCAGUUCCCACCACUACUGCCCCCCCAACAAACAUUUGGAUUGCACUACACACCCUGAUACAGUGGUGCCUCGCUUAACGAAUGCCCUGCUUAACGAAAUUUCCGCUUAAUGAAAGGUUUUUUUCUAGUGGAGGUUGCCUCGCUAGACGAAUUCGUUUUACGAAAAUUUUGUCUAGCGAAUCGCGGUUUCCCAUAUGAAUGCAUUGAAAUUCAAUUAAUGUGUUCCUAUGGGCAAAAAAAAAUAAUAAAAAAAAUUCAAUGCAUUCCUAUGGGAUUCGCUAGACGAAUUUUUUGUUAUAAGAAAAGACCCGUGGAACGAAUUAAAUUCGUCUAGCGAGGCACCACUGUAUUUCUUCUGAAUUUAUUUCCCCUGUGUUUCCCAUUCUUCUGAACUACUUACUCUCCAAAGCCCACUGCAUGUUCCUGUAUUCAUUUCCAUGGUCCUGCAAGUAGGAAGAGUUUAUUGUAAGACAUUGCUUUAUUUUGUUUUAUUUAUUAGACUAAAGGAAUUGCUCUGUCAGGCACAUCUAGGAAUGAGGGGGGAGUUUGGGGAAAAGGUCACUGACUCGCCUGCCAACCGCCCUCCUUCCUUUUUAGGUACUUCAAUAGGAAGUUGCAGUUUUGUGAAGCUAAUCAAUGCCAACCAAUUUCACAGAUUUGACUUUUAAAUUAUUUUUGCUAUUUUUUAAAAACUGUACAGCUGUACAAUUAAAGAUUGUAAUAAUUGGU